AUGUUCGCGAUCAAAGGGAAGCUACUCCCGGCCUUUGGCCUUUGCCUCGGUCUUUUUAUAACCCUCACAGCCGCUCAAGCACAAAAUUCCUCAAAGGAAUCGGAAUCCUGGAAGCCCAUGCAACCGCAGAAACGGCAGGCUAUCGUGAAAUUGGAUCCCCUGGGCUCUGCAGCAGCCAAGAGCUACGAUCCUCCGCCGGAAUUUUACCGGGGACCGGGUUCAUCGACCUCCAAGUUGGACAGCACAGCAGCUGGCUUUAUAUCAAAACCGAUUAGUUCGCUGCCUCCAGCAGGAGGAGGAGGUCAUAUAGGUUAUGGUGGUGCCCAAACCAGCAGCCUAAAUGAGAAUCUCAGCGAGGCCUACGACAAAUGGAGGUUGGGUGGAAAUAUUCACGAUCGGAUCAGCGUGGGUCAUUAUGCCAGCAGUGGAAGUGGUGGCAAGAGCUACGGCUAUGAAAGUCAUCCAUAUCCGUACGACUACGGAUCCUCUAACGGACAUGGCUACGACCAGGGACCUGCUCCUGGACAUGGUUACUCCUCCAGCGGCGAGGCGGGAGUGCCCUACCACGUUUAUAGACCCCGACCGGAGCCGGGUCACUACCCUGGGCCACCUGUGGACUACUCCUACAGCUCGUAUCCCAUAGAUUCUCACGAGAUCGUCUCCCACAAGGGAUCGCCGGAGCUCUCGCCCAAAGCCCUGCUGGCCAAGAGCUUCCUCAUCCCGCUGGCCAGUGCCACCGUUCUGGGCAUCGCCGCUGCCCUGAUCAGUAAUCCUCUCCUGCUGCAACUGGCUCCCGUUCCCGGAAUUGGAGUGGGAGUGGGAGUCGGACCUUCAGUCGUCGGCAAGCGGAGAAGGAGAAGACAAGCUGGGAAGCGGGUUCUGAGAUCGGGGGAAACCCAAGUACCGAACUGAACUCUUUAUCGCCGAGUUCUUUCAUUCCUAA